UACAACAAUUGUUUGUAGAAAACAGCACAAUGACCAAACCACCCUCUGAUACCAGUGGCUUGGGCUAUGCCUAUCAUUUGCCUUCAGGCGGCCUGUUGUUGCGCCUGAAAAACUCCCUGUCCCAAUUUAGUGAUUUAUUCAGUGAAUUCAAUAAAUAUAUAGCACCAGCAUAUCAUCAUGAUCGUUGUGAGAGAUCGGUACACAUGCGUUUGUACUCGAUGCAUAAAAGAGAGUUUGUUAUGGUUUUCCUGGGAUUUUUUACCUGCUUUGGUUUGGGCAUUAUUAUCGGCCUCACCGGACCUCCAAUUACUAGCACCACACAAAUAACCGCCAAAACUAUAUUAAAUCGUACAUCCUUGGCUAAUUCCUCAAAUGUAUUGGCCACCGGACCCUUUGCCAUGAAAUCGCCUCUGAUGACCACCUAUUCACAGCAAUUGUGGUUGAUAGCCAAACUUGUGACCAACAAUAAUGAUGAUGAAAAAUAUGACAAACGUUUCUAUGUCAGCGUGUCCAUUGAUGGCAUCACCGAGCAACAUAAACCCCUAAGUAUUUUAACCUCUGCUAAUUUGCAUAAUCGGACACGAAAUUUAUCCUGUAAUCGCAACGAUUGUGAGGAAUUCACCAUUAUGCAUUUGGGUUUUUUGGAAUAUGCUCAUUAUAUUAUAACGGUGAGAUUUUUGGGUUUGGAGUCGUUUCAUCAGAAAUACAAUAUUACAGGCAUAAAAUUUUAUUUCAAAACUUAUAGUCCGGAAUUUACACAAAUAGAAAUCUGGUUUCGUUUUAUAUUUCUGCUAUUUACUUUUAUUGUUAUCUGUUGGUAUGCUCAUGCCUUGCGUAAAUAUCCGAUUUAUGAUUGGUCCAUAGAACAGAAAUGGAUAUCGGUUUUAUUGCCUUUGAUGCUGUUAUAUGAUAAUCCCUUUUUCCCCUUGAUAUUUCUUAUGAACUCUUGGCUGCCGGGUAUGUUGGAUGCCGUAUUGCAGGCUACAUUUCUAUGUGCCCUGCUAAUGUUUUGGUUGUGCAUCUAUCAUGGUCUGAGGCAAAAUGAAAGAAGAUUUGUGAGAUUUUAUUUGCCCAAAAUUAUCGUCGUUUUGCCCAUAUGGCUGUGUGCCAUUGUGUUGGCCACCUGGGAGAAAUGUAAUGAGCUUAAAGAUCCCACUUAUAGUCAUUUUGUGGAUACCAAAAAUUAUAAUGGUUUUAAAAUGUUUUUCUAUAUUGCGGGAUUAAUGUACAUUUUAUAUUUGGCCAUGCUGAUACUGAGAGCGUAUACGGAACUAAGAUCAAUGCCAUUUUUUGAUAUGCGUUUGAAAUUUUUAACUUUACUUAUGUUGUUUGUUAUUACGAUUACCAUAACUGUGACCACUUGCCGUUUCGGUUUUGGCAUAUUGGAGGAUAAUUUUGUGGCCUCUUUGAAUACCACCUACAAGAGUUCAGCACAGUUUAUGUGUUUCUAUGGUCUAUUAAAUUUCUAUUUAUUUACAAUGGCUUAUGUUUAUGCACCCAGUGGUAGAUUUUCUCAAGCCGAAAUAUCUGUUACUAAAGAUAAUCCUGCCUUUUCCAUGAUCAAUGACUCGGAUGAAGAAGUGGUUUAUGGCUCGGAAGAUGAAUCCCGUCGCCCGUUAACCGUAUCUGGUAAAAACGAUUACGAUAGCGAUUAGUUAGUACUAACUAUAUAUUCAAAUUUAACACAAAAC